GUACUGAACAUUCCGUCUGUGGACAGCUUUAUUGUAUGCUGCACGCAGCGCCGACCGGAACGAGUGACCAGGAACAUAUAAACAGCUCGAGCGAAUAUUUGGCUAGUUUGGCCUUGGGUAAAACCUUCAGCAGAUUCACGUCUUCGGCUACACAUCUCCGCCAACAAGUACCAAGAACACAGCGCUUUCCAACCACCCAUUGGUUGGACAAGACAUCUUCGAGAACAAGAUGUCCUCACAGCGACGAAGUAUGCGACUGCCGCCAUUUUUCCGGCGUCUGUUCAAGUUCACUUCUAUGGACUUUGAGACUGCCGUUUGGGAGAUGACCCAUUUAAUCAUUGCUCCGAAGAAAGUAUUCAGAAAUAUCUACUAUCACGUAAAAACCAAGAACUCAUAUCAUAGACCGGAUCCGGCCUUCACAUACCUCCUUUCAUUGUUCUUCCUACUGACCGGACUGGCCUGGGGCCUUGCUUAUGCAAAUGGUGUUGGUCAGACCAUCCGGAUAGCUUUGGUCUUCGUCCUCGGCCACUUCCUCGGAUUUUCUGUCCUGGUGGCUACGCUGAUGUUCUUCCUGGUCGGUCGAGUGCUGGGCAAGCGAAAACAAGGGCUAUUUGGGCCACCGAGUGGAGGUGAAGAAGGCCUUGAGUUUGGAUAUUGCUUCGAUGUCUCCAUUCGAGCAUUCCUACCCGUAUGGACUUUUCUCUACGUCCUGCAAUUCUUGCUGUUGCCACUCAUUGCGCAGGACUAUUGGGUCUCAAACCUUUUCGGAAACACCAUGUACCUGAUGGCCUGGAGCUACUAUUUCGUCAUCACAUUCCUCGGAUAUAAUGCGCUUCCAUACUUAAGUCGAACGGAAAUCCUGCUUGCGCCUAUACCGAUACUUGUGGUCCUAUGGCUGAUCAGCCUAUUCACGUUCGAUUGCGCCACAAAUCUGGCGCCAGUGCUAUGGUGUGGUGUCAAUCUGCGGAAGCCUGUCUGA